UCGUCAGAUUCUUCCACUCACUUUCAUCGCGUACGUAAGGAUUUCGGUAAGAAAGUAAUUUUAGAGGUCUCUAUUUUUGCAGCCAUCUUCACUAGUUAAGUUCCCAAUAUCGCGAUGUUGCAUUAGAAGAUGCCCUGUUGACUGGGAUUGAACAAAUCUAGUUUCAGUUCUUAACUCCCAGUCUUAGGGAAAUACAGCCUAACAGAUUUUCUGAAGAAGCUUUAUUCAGCGGCCAUUGCUGUCACAGUCACAAGACUUGAUAUCAAACUAAUCAUUUUGAUCACCACGGAUAGGGGAUCAUUUUAACCAGUAUCUUCUGUCAACAGCAUAGCGGAGAAAUAGACCUACAGACAAGACUGUCUAUAUCCAGUUUUCCAGACACCAAGAACUCAAGCCUGGAAGUUUGUUGACUCCAUUAACUGGAGGUGCAUCCCCAUCCCAAGCUGGAGCAUCAAGUCCAAGUGUUCUCGACUCCUCUGCUAGUAUGAGUCCAUCUCAGCAGAAUGUACCUCCUGGCUGCCCUAAUUCUGUUCUGAGGAUAAUUAUUGAAAACAUGAUCUACCCUAUUACUCUGGAUGUCCUUCAUCAGAUCUUUUCCAAGUAUGGUAGUGUUCUGAGAAUUGUAACCUUCUCUAAGAACCGUCAGUUUCAUGCUCUGAUCCAAUACCCUGACACCCUUACGGCCACCACUGCCAAGGCUGCAUUGGAUGGUCAGAAUAUAUAUAAUGGUUGCUGCACACUCCGAAUUGAUUUCUCAAAACUAAGCAAUCUCACUGUGAAGUUCAACAAUGAGAAAACUAGGGACUACACUCGUCCAGAUCUUCCCUCUGGAGGUGAAGGUGAAGUGAGUGGAAGUUCUAAUGUUCCUGACCUCUCAGCUGCAUUGGCAGGUAUACCCCCUGCACUUCUACAGACACCAGCACUAGCAAACCUUCGCGCUGCAAUUGUGGCACUGGCUAACUCCAAUUCAGGGGCAACUGGAACAACAGCUCAAGGGGCUGUGGUACUGGUCUCCAACCUAAAUGAAAAGAUGACUACUCCUCAUGCUCUGUUCAUUCUCUUUGGUGUGUAUGGAGAUGUGGUCCGUGUAAAGAUUCUAUAUAACAAGCGUGACUCUGCCCUUGUCCAGUUUAAGGAACCUCAGCAAAUCCACACAGCUAUUGCCAAUCUGAAUGGAGUAACUUUGUAUGGAAAGAAGAUACAUGUAACUCUAUCUAAACAUUCUACCGUUCAAAUGCCACAAGCUGGAAGUAAUGAAGAUGCUCUAACUGAGGAUUAUGCCAACUCCCCUCUUCAUCGUUUCAAGAAACCUGGAUCAAAGAACUACCAGAACAUUUUCCCACCAAGUUCCACCUUACAUCUCUCAAAUAUUCCUGAAGUAGUUGAUGAGGACUAUAUCAAGACUCUCUUUGUAUCAGCCGGAGGUACUGUUGUCAAUUUCCGCUUCUUCCACAAUGACAGACGAAUGGCUUUAAUUCAGAUGGGGUCUACCGAAGAAGCUACAGCCGGUCUAAUAGCAAUGCACAACUACAAAAUCAGUGAAACAAAUCAUCUCAGAGUCUCAUUUUCAAAGAACCCUAUAUCAUAGAUUUUCUAUCCUGUGUUUCUGGAUUUUUGACAUUUUCUCCUUCUUGCUUAUAACAAGUUUAUAGUGUUUUAUCACCCACAACUAAAAAUCAUUUCUCAGAGUUUAAAAAAGUAACAUAAUAUAAUGUUGUGUGUCAUACAAUUUUAGUUAUGUGUGUACUCAAACGAGAAGAUGAAGAGCAGACCCCGACUUCAUAUUAAUGUACAAAUACUCAACACAUGAUGCACUUAGGUAAUACAAUACAUUAUUUUGCUAUACCCCUGUGUUUUUUGUAGACACAGUAGUCUGUACUUUCUCUUGGAACUUGGAACAAUAAAACCUCAUUUCCCCAAGAUGUCCAUCCAGGGAGUAAAUUUCUAGCAAAAAGUUCCAACUUCCGUCCCUGUUUAGUGCAGUAUUUGUCUAAUAUAUCUCCUAGGUAAGGUUUUUGAGAAUGUGCUUGACUUGCCACACAGGCAAAUACGAAGUUUUUAAUAAUCUCUGGGUGUACAGGCUCUUCAUGGCUUGAACUUUCUCUUAUCGGUCUCUUUUCUGUACAAAACUCCACAUCAUUAGGAGGGCUGUAACUGUAGUCAGAGUUUCUUAUCCCAGAUUCUGGUUCCGUGAACUGAUCCCCACCAAAUUCACUGUCGGUUUUAAGAUUGCUAUCACUGCUCUCAAGACAAAUCCGUUUAGGAGGAGGUGUGGAAUCACUAGAAUCACUUGAUGUUUCCAUAUAGCGUCCAAUGACAACUACUUCAUAUGGCUUCUUAUGGACCGAGUCCAUCUCAUGUAUCAGGUCACCACCUGUAGUAAACUUCAACCAAUGCCAUUCAGCCUGAUAGCAAAUGUUCCACUUGGGAAACAAUUUUUGGCGAAUAAACAUAGUCAAUUUCCUUUUGUUAGUUACCCAAACAGCAACCAAUGCACCUUUAGCUGCCAGU